AUGUACUUCUACUAUAACAAGUACCGGAACGAUCCUGAAUCGGAGAUGGGGGGAUUCACCCGCGUGCUGCACUCGGGGAAGCCGGACAACCUGAUGGACGAGAUUCCAACGGUCGUCGUCGAUCCGCUGCCUCCGGGCAUGGAUAAGGGCUACGUGGUGCUGAAUCGACCGUGGGCGUUUGUGCAGUGGAUACAGAAGGCUCAGAUCGAGGAAGAGUACGUGUGGAUGGCUGAGCCAGAUCACAUCAUUCUGAAGCCCAUUCCCAACCUGGCGUCCGACAUGCUGCCUGCUGCCUUCCCCUUCUUCUACAUUGUGCCCAAAGACCAAGAGCGGUUCCUGAGACGCUGGUACCCUGCGGAGAAAGGACCAAUCACAAACAUCGAUCCGAUUGGCAACUCUCCCGUGAUUAUAAAGAAGAAAGACCUGCUCAAAAUUGCUCCCCUGUGGCACAACGUGUCGCUCCAGUUCAAGAGCGACCCUGAGAUUGACAAGGAGUUCGGAUGGGUGCUGGAGAUGUACGGCUAUGCCACAGCAUCGGCCAUGCUGGGGUACACGCACAUCCUCCGAAAAGACUGGAUGAUCCAGGUGAGCGGGUGA